CAAAGCCCGCACUAUCGUGUCAGACAGGCUGUUCCAGACAACUGACGGGUUAGAUGAUUGGUUGAAAUGGUGCUGAACCAAUGCCUUUCUAGUGUGUGUGUGCACCAGUCCUCUUGUUGCUUGUAGAACCCUCGUCAAACUCGGCCAGUCGAGGAUGUCCAUGCUUCAUCCCAGAGGCAUAUACUUGGGUUACCACUCUGUCAGAACCCGUACUUGAAGAUCAUCAUUCCGUUGACCAAACAUAGUCUGAUUAGAGUUAGGCUCAACCACUCUGCUAUUGGUGUUGGUCUAUGAGGCUGGCUUGAUCUUCGUUUAUCAACAAAAUAGAACACACUAGUGGUUCAGAAUGGUCCAGGCCAUUGUUGCUUUUGGCGAAAUAAUGGGAAUAUACAUUAGUAUCGGUGCAUGCAGCUUCCGCUCCCAUAGACUGAAUGGUUCAUUUGGUCAUCGCCCAAAUAAGGAAUGUAAUUCAGGCCACCAAGCUGUCAGGUAUUGGGAAUAACAGCACGUCAUUUCAUCCCUAUGUCUGUGAACACGACAUCAUCGAUGCUUCUGGUAUGACUUGGCAGCGUUUGGCGCCAUGAACUGCCUCAACCUUUGGUUUCUUUUUUGGGGAAAUGAUGUCCUAGUCAUGCACAAGUAUGGAGCCCAGUCCCC